AUGACGUCGAAAACAAAAGAAGAAACGACUCAAACUUCAGUCGAAAAAGACAGUUCGGAACUGGAAGAUACAAAUUUCGCUGGAAUAACACUCACUAAAGAUCAAUUUAAACUACUUGAUUCUUUUCGAGAUGAGGUUAAUUCAGCCAUCAACUAUAUGUGUUUGAUGGGUGUAGUUACUGACGGUUUCGAGAAAUUUUUUCUUUCAGGAAUGAGUUAUCAUAAGGAUCCGAAAACUGAAAUUCAGAAUAGUGGCUGGAGAUAUAUGGCAGCGUAUUUGAGAGAAACUAAAUUUCUUAAAAGUAAUCAGACAGAAGCUACAAUGUUGGGUAGUAUACACGAAAAGCUGGGUUGCAUCGAAGAAGAGCACUUCUAUGACUUCUUCUACGUGGAACACGAUUCAAGUGUCUUCGUAACAUCACGAAACCAUUUGGAAGACAUUAAAAAAGUGAACUAUUCUGUCGAAAAACUAUUAAGAAUUUGUAAUCGAAGAAGAAAAAAAGUAGAAAGAGCGAUGAUUUUGAGAGAUCUCAGAGCACAGUGUGGAAAAUUGUCAGAUACUGUCGUAAAGUUAGACAUGAAGCUUCUCCAAUUGUCGAAUCUUCAACGUUUUGUGAAAAAUAGUGGUUCAUUUCAUUGUAGUCACUUCCAACAUGGACUAUCAUUGAUUCAAGAUACGAUUCUAAUGAGAUGUGAUGUGAUCAAAGAGGAAUUUAAAAAAGGACAGCAAGAGAAGAACAGGAGCACUAAAAGUAAAAGUCAAGGCAAAAGUAAAAGUGUAGAUCGAACUGUUAAAGACUUGAAAAAGUAG